CAGCGACCUGGCACGACCAUGAUAAAAUUGCCAUGAUGCUUUGUUUAUAAUACCAUAAUACCGUGCAAUAGUCUCGUGUUUGUCACCCCUCUAAUCUUUACAAUUGACAAAGUUCUUUACAAUUUGACAGACUCGUGACUCGUUGCCGCAACUGUGACAAUAAUAGAUGGAAGCCCUGAAAUUAGAAACCAGCAUGGACACCAUACUGUUCGCUGAUUCAGUGGAGUGGUGCCCUAUACUGCAAUUCCAGAACAUCCUGGUCUGCGGUACGUAUCAACAGAGAGAUCAAGGUGACACAGCAGAAGCAGAUGGUGGAGCAAGUUGCAGAGAACGUGUCGGGUGUAUCUAUGUUCUUGAAAUAAAAACAAACCUUACUGUAAAAGUGGAUCAAAGUCUCAUCACUGCAGGAAUUUUGGACAUGAAGUGGUGUGAUCGUUUACUCAAUGGGCAUCCUGCUUUGGGAGUCGCUACUGCAGCGGGAGAACUGGAUAUCUAUCAGCUGAUACCAGGAAAAACUUGUGAGCUGAAGUUGUUCGCAAGAGCAAAGCUUGAAAAAGAAUCAGAGAAGGAAAUUUUAGGCCUUUCACUAGAUUGGAAUAAAGAUCCUAGUGUGUAUCAAAUUGUCAUCAGUGAUUCGCAUGGAGGUUUAACCGUUUUUACCCUAGAUUCUAACGGAUUAAGUCAAGAUAACCACUGGAACGCUCAUGGUCAUGAGGCCUGGAUAACCUGUUUUGACAGGUGUGAUUCCUCUCGCAUUUAUUCAGGUGGUGACGAUUGUUUGUUUAAAAUCUUUGAUGUAAGGUGCACAGAUUACAAGGCUCAGCUUACUUGUAAAACUCAUGGAGCAGGUGUCACGUCAUUGCAUUGUAACCCCAUCAGCAAUCAAUAUCUUGCCUCUGGCAGCUAUGAUGAACUACUUCGAGUUUGGGAUGUGCGGAAGAUGAAACAUCCGAUAAAUUCCAUCAAUCUAGGCGGCGGCAUUUGGAGAAUCAAGUGGGAUCCUGAGAGAGGUGUCAAUUUAGCAACAGCUUGUAUGUACAAUAAUUUUCAUCUUGUCGCAGAUCAUGGCGACAAAUUGGAAGUGGUUACAUCUUUCAGAGAAAACAGCAGCAUAGCGUAUGGUAUAGAUUUCUGCUAUUAUGGCAAAGAGGAAAUGAAAAGAAAAUUUAAUUUUGAUACUAAUUUCCGGUAUUAUCUUCUUGCAAUGUGUUCUUUCUAUGACCAUAAAAUGUUCAUAGCCUCUGUUAAUGUAGACAAAAUUGGAAGCCCUGAAAGCUGAGUUCAAGCUUUACCUGCAUUUGUUAAACGUAUGUCAAUCCCUAAAGUUGCAAUAUCCGUACCUGAGAUUGCGACAUUGUAGGUCUCAUGUUAGAUUUUUGUAGGUGGAAACUAACCUUCAGUUUCUAGGUAUUAACAUUUUCUGUUAAUCUUUUCACGCAUUCUGAAAAAAUCAUACAAAAUUAAACGAAACAUUUUGAUUAGCUUUCUGGAAAAAAAGAAAAUACUAUUGGAAAGUUUUAAAUCUUGGAAUUGAGUAAUGCAUUUUACAACUUCAGUCAUUGAUAGGACACACCAGAGUCUCCAUAGGGAUACACUAGGGUACCUCCUUGAGUGCGCCAUAAAUUGGAUCAGAGCAGAGGGGUAGAGAGUAGCUCUCGACUGUUUUUUGCGCUUACUGAGAUGAAAAUUUGAACGCAUUCAGAAGUUUUGCCAUGUGGCGGGUAGUAUUUUGAUGAGCAAUAUGCAUAAAUAUGUCUGGUUGACAAUAAAAAUUCAUUUGUUGGUUUUUUUUUAAAAAUGUAUUGCUCAGAAGGAUAAUUCAAAUAUUUUCAAAACAGAUAACAUAUUUUCAUUCCACUCUUUUUUCUAUCAUUACUACUUAUCGAAUUUUGUUUUUUAGCACCUAAAAAUGAGGAGGUUCAAUCACCGUUUUUUUUCUUCUAUUUUUUGGCAAACUGGAAGUAUCUAUUUUUUCUAGAAGAGCAUAUUCGUGCUUGUUCUCUGCGAGAGAUUCUCAGUCAUUUUUCUUUUGGGAGUAAACUUUAAAAAAUUAAUCGAUGAAUGCUUACUUGGUUUUCGUUUUGCGUUUAGAGGUAGUGUAUUAGUUGGCUUAUGGACAAUAAAUUUUCAAAGACGAUAAAAGGAAGGGUUACUCUCAUCAGAAGAAGCUAGAAUCUCUGAUACUUAGUUCCCAUUGUGAAGGGAUGUUUUGAAGUUUUGGAUUGGGAAUUUCUUAUGCCUUGUUGAAAAAGUUCAACUAUUUUUCUAAAAAGUUAAUAAAAAUAAAGAAUUGGUUUUUUUUUUAAA